CAGCACUGGCUAGAGCUUGAGGCAUGCCUCUACGAGUGGCAGCUUCAGAUUGAAACUCAAGUACCAAUAUCGAACGAGCUUCUUAAAGCUGCUGCGCUUCGCUUCUGGCAUCGACUACCGAUCUAUCGCGACAUGGAGGUACCUCAAUUUAGUACUGGCUGGCUCGAUAAAUUCAAGAAGAGGCAUGGCAUUACAGAGAGAAUUCGACAUGGCGAAGCCUCGUUAAUUGACGAGACUUUAAUUGCUGAGCAGCUAGUCGCUAUAUAG